AAGCACCCUCAGCAGAAAGAUAUGUGAUGUGUGCAGAAGAGUACGUUCCAGUACAUGAAAUUCUGAAAUUCUAGGUUUUUCAGAGGUAAAGGGAGGAGGGUCAUAGUAGUACGUGUGCUCGAGUACACAAAAGUACAAUGACAGUACAUGCCAACAGUGCUAGUAGAUGCUAGUACAAGUUGUACUCGUAUUCGCGCAGCUAUGGCCGUUUUCGUUUUUGAUCCUCCCUUCCAGAUUUAUAGUUUUUUCAGACUCAGGAGGCUGGUUCUCGAAAGAAGGGUGUGGGUGUGCGUGGGUGUGGGUGUGGAUGUGGGUGUGGGUGUGCGUGGGUGUGGGUGUGGGUGUGGUUGUAAAUGCCAAGAGGACACCCACCCACGCACCCACACCCACACCCACACCCAAAAUCUCUAUCGUGUUCAAAGCGAAUUAAGGUCACUUCGGCAUGUAUUACUAUUGACCUCAGUCAUAAGUGAACGGUACCCAUCGGCCGUUUUAGUAACCGUUAAUCUAGCAGGAAACAAGUCCUAGCCAAUGUUCAUACACCGCUUUGAAGUCCACCUAAAACCGCAUCGAUCUAUGCUAUCAGUUGCCACAACAGAUUUGACCUCACAGAAACUACCUGAAACAGAAAGUGAAAAUAGGCCAAAGGGACCAAUACAGAGAAGUUCACCUGGAAAUUUUUUUCUUGAGGGUCUUCGAAGAAACGAAUAUACAGGCCUAUGCAGAAACACGCGGGCUAUCUUUUUGGCAUAUUGAAAUGAAGAUAUAAGGAGGGACCAAUUUUGGACCCUAUCCGGCGGUAUCCUUUCAAGAUAACAUGUGAAAGCGUAGCCACCUUCAGCGGCUGAAUGUUAAGAACGAUCUUAUCUGUUUUAAUCAGCAUAAGAAUUUCUGUUUCGUUGAGCUGUAUUGAUUUACUGCUUCGAAAAUGAAUCUAUUAUACUAGUAUGAUGCCACUUGAUAAUCCUUAUCAGUAAUAGUGAAAUACUUAUAUGUAUUGUGGUAACUUGUCUCACACCGCACCCUCAUUUCGAAAGAUCACAUGUUAAUCGUUGAUAUUUCGGUAUCUUUUCAAAAAAGGCCAAAAAUCUGGUGCGUUCGAAGAAGAUCUCCAGAUUUAGAAGCAAAAUGCAUCAUUGUUUGGCUUUUCUACACAAACUUUUUGUUUCUGUUUCGAGUGUGAAGAACAACCAUGAUUAUGCUUUUUUCUCAUAUCUUAUCAUCACAACCAAACAAGCAUGAGACUUUUUUCGCGUCUGUGCUUACGCAUAGAAGAACGGCGUUCCUUGUUGAAAGUUUAUCCAUUCGGUCUUAGUCAUAGUUUCACUUCUGUUUUUUUUGUCUCCAACUGAAACUUGUCAAGCACAUUAGCAAAUCACGAACUGUCUUGAAUCGCAAAUAUGACAAGUCGAAUCAGUAAGGGAGCGGUGGAAAUAAUCAGGCAUGUAUCAUAAUCUCGACCUGAAAAGGAGGGAUUCAAUAUCAAUAUUUGGAGUAGUGCACCCUACAUAUAUAUUUUAUUUCAGCCAGCCACCAAAAUCUGGAUUUCGUUCGAUCACACUUCCCAAACUCCUAAGUGUUCUUCUUGGAAUUUGUGUCGUUACCACAAUUGUGUUCGCUACUCUCUAUGGCAUAAAAAAAUAGGAUAACAACAGCAGCAACUGUAGUAACAACAACAUUUCCACCUUCAACGACAACACCACCAUCAUCAACAACAACAACAACAUCAUCAUCAUCAACAACAACAACAACAACAACAUCAUCAGCAUCAACAACAACAACAGCAACAACAUCAUCAACAACAACAACAACAACAAAAUAUCUUUUAUCAUCAACACCGGGAAAUGGAGCCGUUGAACCAAAAGCUGUUAUUAAUGCUCGUAAUUUAUACAAAUCAUGUAUAAAUGAAACAAAUAUUGAAAUUGAUGAUGUCGAACUCGUUCUCUCUAUCAUUAAUACUGAGCUUGGUGGAUGGCCUAUUUUACAAGGUGUUUCAUGGAAUGUUUCCACUUUUAACUUAUCAAAUUUUUUACUCAAACUGCGUAAAUACGAUAAUGAAAUCGCUUUUAGUGUUGCUAUAGCAACUGAUAAAAAAAAUGCAUCAGUUUAUGACAUUGGCGUAAGAAAUAAUACUUGUUUAACAUUUUUUUUAAAAAAUAUUUCACCUCGGACAAGGUAG